AUGAGUUCUACUAUAACUAGAAAAUUUAUUCCGUUGAUGGAUAGAAUUUUAAUAAGUAAAAUAGUACCAAAAACUACUACAAAGUCGGGACUAUUUUUACCAGAAAGCGCAACUGAACCAUCAUACACAGGAAAGGUAUUAGCUGUUGGUCCUGGAAGAGUAACUAGUAAUGGUACCAAAAUAUCACCAAGUGUAAAAGAAGGAGAUGUUGUUGUUUUACCUGAAUAUGGUGGUUCCUCUUUAAAAAUUGAUGGAGAAGAAUUUUUUGUUUAUAGAGAUGAUGAUAUAAUUGGUAUCAUAAAAGACGAAUAA